AUGACGCUCGGUAUCAGCGCUUUGGGCGCCGUCGCUUUACUCGUCAGGAAGUCACUUCCGAGGGUACCCAAGGGUCGAAGGCUCGCCGCGGCGUCGGGUCGAACGGCUGGCGCGCACGAGGCGAGCACGAGGAUCGACGCUGACGCCGCGAACGCGCCGCUGAAACCGAACGCGCGACGAGAGCCUCACGUGGUUCGAUUCGGUGUCGUUGAGAACGAAGAACGCGGUGCCAACGCGAUGAACCCGCCGAAGGAGCUCGUGGACGAUUUGUUCUGGCUGCGGGACGACGAGCGGCGGCGAGAAGACGUGCUCGAGCAUCUCGAAAAGGAGAAUGCGUACACGGAGGCGCACACCGAACAUUUGAAGAAGCUCGAGAAAGAAGUGUACGAGGAGAUCAUCGGUACGAUCGAGGAGACAGACGAGGAGGUGCAUUUCCCUUGGGGCGAAAAUCACGACUACUUUGUGCAAACUCGAAAAGGCUCGUCGUAUCCCAUCGUGUGUCGCUGCGAACGUGGCGCAGAGACGGAGGUCGUUCUCGAUGUGAACGAGGUGGCGAAGGGAAUGAAAUAUUGCUCACUCGGUGCUUUCAAACCGAGUCCGACCCACGACAUUUUGGCGUACGCUAUCGACACAAACGGAUACGAGACGUACGAAGUUCGAUUCAAGGAUUUGACGACGGGUAAGAACCUCGACGACGUGCUCACUGGCGUCGCUGGGGGCGUGAGCUGGGGCGGAGGCGUUAACCGCGAGGUCUACUACGCCACAAUGGACGAAGCGCAUCGGCCGCACAAGAUUUGGCGGCACACGAUGGGCACGGCGCAAGAGAAGGACUUGUGCGUACUCGAAGAACCAGACGCACUGUUCAACGUUGGCUUCUCUCGUACAUCGAGCGAUCGCUACCUGGUCCUCGAGUCGGAGUCAACGGAAACGAACGAGCUGCAUUUGAUAGACUUGGAAUGCAACACGGCUGAGCCCGAGGCCAAACUUGUCCAAAAGCGCCGACUUCAGCAUCGUUAUUAUAUAGAGCAUCGAUGCGAUAAGUUGUACAUUUUGACGAAUCGGCACGGUCAAAUCAACUUUGAGCUUCUCGUGACGCCCACUGACGCCGUUGGUGAAGAAAACUGGAUUCCGGUCGUCGACGCCACUGGUGCUACGCCUUUUCAGCACACUGUCUCGCGAACGCUCGAGAGUUUCUUCGCUCGAAAGAACCAUCUCGUCUUAGAAGGUCGCGAGAAUGGCUUCAGCGCUAUUUGGGUCGCUCAAUUGGACGCGAACGAUGGAACUAUUCGCGAAUGGCACAAGACCACUUGGCCGAGCGAGAACGCUCUGGUCUAUCCCGCAGUUGCCGGAGAAACUCUACGUUCAGUCAGCGCCAAUCAAGUGUGGGACACAGACGAGAUAUACGUCGCGUAUUCCUCGCUGACAUCGCCGCGAACCGUGUACAAGUACAACAUGCUCGCCAAGACGAAGGAAGAGAUGAAAACGACGAAGGUGAAGGGAUUCGAUUCGACGAAGUACACGACGAUGCGAUUAGAAGUCACCGCGCGCGAUGGCGUCAAGGUACCGGUGUCCAUCGCGUACAAGACGGACAUGCGCUCGCACAAAGGGCCGCUCUUACUCGACGGUUACGGAUCGUAUGGUAUCAGUAACGAUCCGUCUUUCAUGCGCACGGCAGUUCCUCUCAUGAACCGAGGCGUGACGAUCGCCGUAGCACACAUCCGCGGAGGCGGAGAGCUGGGUCGGGACUGGUAUGAGAAGCAAGGAAAGUACUUGACCAAAUUGAACACCUUCUAUGAUUUCAUCGACGUGGCCGAGCACCUCGUCAGUACGGGAUGGACGCAGCCGAGUAAGCUCGCAAUCAGUGGACGCAGCGCCGGGGGUAUGCUCAUGGGAUCGACGCUGAACAUGCGGCCAGACUUAUUUCGAUGUGUCAUCGCGGGCGUUCCUUUCGUCGACGUCAUGGUGUCGAUGUGCGACCCGAGUAUUCCGUUAACGACGGGCGAGUGGGAAGAAUGGGGUAACCCAAACGAGGAGGUUUAUUUCGAUUACAUGAUGAAGUACGCACCGAUGGAGAACAUCAUGAAAUCGGACAAACCUGACGUUCUCAUCACCGCCGGCCUCCACGACCCUCGCGUGGCGUACUGGGAGGCGGCCAAAUACGCUGCUCGGCUACGGGACUCCGUCACGAACGGCGCACGAGUUCUCUUGAAGACAGAUAUGAGUGCCGGUCACUUCUCUGCAAGCGAUCGAUACAAGCACUUCAAGCAAACUGCAUUCGAGCACGCGUUUUUGCUCGAGUGUCUCGGUUUGGCGGGGAACACUGUGCGACCGAAGUGGACUCAAUGA